CCAGCGCUUAGUACAAUGCUUAACAAGUAUCAUUAAUGAAAAAAAAAAUUGGCUCUGAGGGCUGGGUCGCAGUGUAGGUGCUCAAAAGGUGCCUUCCCAAUACCAAUGGAGUUCUCUCUCUGACCACCAUAACCCAGUGUCUAUAGGGGAGAAGGGCUGUGGUUACAGUGGCCCUGGGAGGGAGCAGGGAAGCAAUUAUUUCUAAGGUAGGUUUAGGUCUUCUACCUCAUCAAUUAGGUAGGUCCCUUUCAGAAUGCCAGAAAGAAUCCACACUGCUGUGAAAAGCUUCAGGGGCUGCCCUGUCAGGGAGGAGAGCGGAGACCUGCCUGAGUGGGGCCAGGGCCAGGCCCCGCCCACUUAGGAUACUGGUAUAGGGUAACCCCUCCCUCUCCAGAUUUCCUUUUUCCCCCUAGAGGAAUCACACUGAAAUGUGAAGCUCCUCCAGUGAACUUCAGAAGAAGCUUCUGCUGCAAGAUGUUCUGGAGUGUGUACAAUAAUAUUCCUCCUGUGCCUAACUUGCCUCUGAGAUGCAGUUACCAUUUAAUGAGGGAAGAGAGACGACCACUUUGGGAAGAGGAAAGUAAUGCAAAAGGUGGAGUGUGGAAAAUGAAAGUUCCUAAAGAAAGUACGGCUGCAGUUUGGAAAGAGUUGUUGUUAGCAACUAUCGGGGAACAGUUUACUGAUUGUUCUGCAGCAGGUGAUGAAGUAAUAGGUGUUAGUGUCAGCGUUCGGGAUCGGGAAGAUGUCGUUCAAGUUUGGAAUGCUAAUGCAUCUUUAGCAAAUGAAGCAACAAUUUUACAAAAAGUCUAUAAGCUCCUGCCACACACAUCUUUUAAAGCCGCAUUUUAUAAACCCCAUGAAGAACAUCAUGCUUUUGAAGGUGGACGUGGAAAACAUUAAUUGCAGUCUGUACAGAAUUCUUUAUGCUUUGCCAAUUAGUUGAGGAAAUCGGCUAAUCAGGAAGCACAGCAGAAAGAAGACUUGCUGGUCAUUUUACAUUUGUUUUCAAUCCUCUCAGAUUUGGCAAUUAAUACUCAAAGUUGCUGGUGGCUAGGGGAGUUGCGUUGAUUUCUGACAUGACAUUACUUGUUUUUGGCUUUCUAAAUUAACUGUUCUUUGCAUUCUGAAAUGUUUUGCCCUUAUUUUUGUCCAGUGUAAUUAUUGUUUUAUGUAGUUCCCUUUCACUGAAAGACAAGAGUUUUGGUCUCUUUAGCUGUACUGUAACUAGUAAAAUGCGAAUAUGCACAGCCAUGAUAAUGCUGCUUCUUUUAGACCUGCUGUACAUAGCGAAUAAUAGCUUGGUGAAUGGUGUAUUUUGAAUAUUUGUUGUGAUACAGUCCUAUCAUAAUAAGAUUUACUCACAGUCUUUGUCCCAGGAAAAAGAAAAAUUGCACUGCGUUGUUGUAAUUUACGAAGUUAAUCUGAAAUUGCACUGAGAACUGCACACACGUACUGUUCGUUUCCUUUUGUUAACAAAAGAUAUAUUUGAUUGCAUAAUGUGAAAACUCUUAAAAUCGUGAGCACAUUUCAAUAUUUGGAUUUGUUUUAAUUUGCAGUACUAUAUCCUCUUGUGCAAGUAUUUUUAACCAACAUUUCAUUUUAGUCCUUUCAAAACAAUGCUCAUUUAGAACGGUAGGAAGGAUUUCUCUUAAUAAGAAAACCAGAUACCUAUUCAUUUAAGGGGUGGUGAUAAUUUAAUUGUUUUGACUUAUUUGCUUUCUUCUUAAUUUUAUGUUUGAAGUCAAUUCUCACAUCUUUUAUGAAAUGGAGCCUCAUUUCUAGCUUGUGGUAUGUGUAAUUUCCAGUUAUCGACAGUAUCUUUGGUGAGGUGUUUUGUUUUUGUUUUGUUUUCCUUGGUGGUGGGGAGGUGCAUAGUUUUUAUUUCAUUUAGCAACAAAUGAAAUUUUCAUUUGCGUUUGAAUGUGAAUAUUUACAAAGAUGACUUUGAGUGCAUUUUAUGUAUAUUAAACAUUAGAAUUGUUGAAAUGUUUUAUUAUAGUACCAAAGAAUAUUGAUUUUAAUUUUGUUAAAAGGAAGCUACAAAGUAGAAGUGAAUGUACACCCACAGAACCUGAUCAUUUUCAUUUGGAAAUAGUUCUAAUUGCACUGAUUUCCAUAUUUUUCACAAAUCUCUGCCUAUCUCUACCUGAUAAAAGCAUAAGCAUUUCCUUCUGCUUUUGAAGCUGCUUCUUCCUGCCACUUUGUUUCUGUGGUGAUAGCAGCCAAAAAAUAAUACAUAUUUAAAAAUCAGAUGAAAGGACAGUGUACUCAGCACUGCAGUCUUGCCCAAAAUUUUUAACUUCUGCAGACUUUUAACAGUGCAAACAUAGAUUUUAAAAUAAUCAGAAUAACACAGGUUUAUAAAGUUUUCCACCUAGCAUUUUCUAGAUCUUUGUAUGUAUUGAUUUAAAAAAUUGUGCAUUUCACUUAUAAAUAAAAUUGUGUUUCUAGAAUGGA